AUGGGUUCCCCGUCAGACGACGGCAAGGCGGCGCCGACCCGAGAUGCCGUCGAGACUCGGAGCGUUUCCACUGGCAGCGAGGAAGAUGUCAUUCCCAAGGGUGCCCUCGAUCCCGUAUACGAGGCAAAGGCCAAAGUGCUGAACCACGCUAUUCAAGAAAUUGGCAUGGGAUGGUAUCAAUGGCAGCUCUUCUUCGUUGUCGGCUUCGGUUGGGCUUCUGAUAACCUUUGGCCAAUCGUCACGUCCCUCAUCUUCACGCCUGUCAACAACGAGUUCUCCCCCAACCGCCCGCCGCUCCUGACUCUGGCCCAAAACAUUGGUCUCUUGGCUGGUGCCGUCUUCUGGGGCUUCGGAUGCGACAUCUUCGGUCGGAAAAUCGCCUUCAACUUUACCCUCGGCUUGACUGCGCUCUGGGGAAUGGUGGCCGCCGGUGCUCCCAACUUUGCAGCCAUUGGCAUCUUCGACUGCUUCUGGUCCUUUGGUGUUGGUGGCAAUCUGCCCGUCGACUCGGCCAUCUUUCUCGAAUUCUUGCCCGCGACUCACCAAUAUCUGUUGACUAUUCUGUCUGUUGACUGGGCAAUUGCUCAAGUCGUUGCCAACUUGAUUGCUUGGCCUCUUCUAGGUAACUUGACUUGCGCUCAGGACGAGAAGCCAUGUCUCAAGCACAACAACAUGGGCUGGCGUUACUUCCUCAUUACCAUGGGCGGAAUCACGCUCCUCAUGUUCUUGGCUCGAUUCUUGCUCUUCUCCCUUUACGAGUCGCCCAAGUACCUCAUGGGCAAGGGCCUAGAUGAAGAGGCCGUCCGAGUGGUUCACGAGGUUGCCAAGCGCAAUGGAAAGACGAGCCCGCUCACCAUCGAAGACCUCAAGGCCUGCGAACCUGAAGGUUACGUAUUCCAGGCAAAUAUUUCUACCGCCGUCAAGAGAACCCUGGUUCAGAAGAUCGACACUACGCAUGUCAAAGCCUUGUUCUCAUCCUUCAAGCUCGGCUUGUCGACCACCCUCAUCGCUGCUAUUUGGGCUCUCAUUGGUCUCGGUUUCCCUCUUUACAACGCCUUUCUGCCCUUCAUCCAGGCCAACAAGGGCGUCGACUUUGGUGACGGAAGCACAUAUCUCACUUACCGCAACAGUCUGAUCAUUGCUGUGCUUGGUGUUCCCGGAGCUUUGAUCGGAGGUCUGCUUGUCGAGCUCCCUCGGAUUGGCCGCAAGGGAACGCUCGCUCUUUCUGCCGCUCUGACCGGCGUCUUUCUGUACUGCUCCACGACCGCCAAGAGCAGUGAAUCGCUUCUUGGAUGGAACUGUGCCUACAACUUCUGCAGCAACGUCAUGUAUGCCGUGCUCUAUGGCUACACCCCUGAGAUCUUCCCUACUCCCCAGCGCGGUACCGGCAACGCCAUUGCCGCUACUGCUAACCGAAUCUUCGGUAUCAUGGCUCCCAUUAUCGCCAUGUUUGCCAACCUCGAGACAUCCGCGCCCGUUUACACGAGUGGCGCCUUGUUUAUCGCUGCCGGUAUUCUAACUCUUUUCUUGCCAUUCGAAUCACGCGGAAAGGCAGCGCUGUAA